GAGAACCAAGGGUCGGUUGGUUCGGUUUUCUUUUCAUGACUAUUUUCAGAAAAGUGUCUCCUUCUCGACAAGCGCGUUGGACCGCUCGUGACCUCUGUCGCCAUUCUUCGUGCUCUCCGCCGCAGAGCUCUCUCACCCUCCCCUUUGAUCGCUGUCUUAAUUUUUCUCCGCAGCGUUCUCCGACCUUGAUCUGCGAUCAAUUUUGCAGCCUGCCGUCGCGAUACGGUGGGUAUGACUUCGGCCAUUUGCACCAUCGUCCCUUCGGCUCAUCUUCGUAAGAUUUCCCGCUAUGGAUCAUUCGGAUUUUCGCAUCCGAAAGGUCCUUGGGGAUCUAGGAUUUCCAUGAGCAUCUCGGUCGGAUCUCGGGAGAACGCAACGGAGGACGCUCUGUUUGCAGAUUACAUGCCCAGAUGCGCGUUUUUGUUUCCCGGGCAGGGCGCACAAAAUUUAGGAAUGGGGCUCGAGGCUCAGAGUGUGCCUGCUGCAGCUGAAUUAUUUCGUAAAGCAAAUGACAUACUCGGUUUUGAUCUUUUGGAUGCUUGCACCAGUGGGCCCAAAGAAAAGCUUGAUUCAACAGUAAUAAGCCAGCCUGCAAUCUAUGUGACAAGCCUUGCUGCUGUCGAGGUUCUGCGUGCACGCGAUGGAGGACCUGACAUCAUUGAUUCAGUAGAUGUCACUUGUGGCCUAAGCUUGGGAGAGUACACAGCUCUUGCAUUUUCUGGAGCUUUCAGCUUCGAAGAUGGGCUCAAGCUUGUCAAGCUAAGAGGAGAAGCAAUGCAGGAUGCCUCAGAUGCUGCUAAAAGUGCUAUGGUUAGUGUCAUUGGAUUAGAUUCAGAAAAGGUGCAAUUGUUAUGUGAUGCUGCCAAUGAGGAAGUAGAUGAGAAAAACAAAGUUCAGAUUGCAAAUUUUCUAUGUCCAGGUAAUUAUGCUGUUUCUGGUGGCGUGAGAGGAGUAGAGGCGGUUGAAGCCAAGGCUAAAUCUUUUAAAGCUCGCAUGACGGUACGUCUAGCCGUUGCUGGUGCAUUUCAUACAAGUUUUAUGGAGCCUGCUGUCUCGAGAUUGGAAACUGCAUUGGCAUCCACGCAGAUUAGAACGCCAAGGAUACCAGUUAUAUCCAAUGUCGAUGCCCAGCCUCACUCAGACCCUGAUAAGAUCAGAAGUAUCUUGGCACGCCAGGUAACCUCUCCAGUUCAAUGGGAGUUAACAGUCAAGACUCUUUUGGGUAAAGGAUUAAAGAAAAGCUAUGAAAUAGGACCUGGGAAGGUCAUUGCUGGUAUACUGAAGAGGAUGGACAAGGCUGCUGAAAUUGAGAAUAUAGGUGCUUGAAAGCUGCUUAGGAAGACCAAAUGCCUGGUGAGUCUGGGGCAGAAAGUUCCUUUAAAAGUCAUUGCUUUUCUUUCCUCUUUUUGUUUCGAGUGUAAAGGGACCUCUUUAUGACCUUGGUUGGUUAGGAUGAGGGUGCCUGGUAGCCUAGCUGAAUAAGACUACUAACCGCCAGUUAGAACUAUUGAAUAAUUAUCUUGUGUUAUCAUUCUUGUUGAAUUCUAUAAAAUUAAAUCAUGCACUCUAUUAUA